AUGUCUAAAGUUAUAAUGCCCCUUAGCGGUAAAGUCUUGGCGGUGGGAACUGUUGCGGCCGGUGUGGUUGGCAUUGGUGCAUCGAAACAGUUCCAGCAACAACGGCAAUUCUGGUUCUGGAACAAACAGGCGCCGCAGAAGAACAGACGGUACGAGGUUCCUCUCCGGUAUGAAUCGGAACUUGAAACGUUGUUGGUGUUGCCCACUCCACUUUUGGCUAAUUUCACGGGUCACCAUGAUCCUCUUUCGAAAAGUUUGACUGAACAGUUGGAAAAGAUCGUUUUAAACGAAACAUCCAAGACUGUCUCGUUAGUGGACUUAGAGGCCGACCAGCCAGAGAUCAAGGGUCUGCUCAAUCGGUACAUGGUUAAAAGUAUUCCCAGUGUUGUUGCUAUACGAGGAGGCAUCCCGAUCUCGCAAUUCACACCCAGCAGAUCUAAUAAUGAACCUCAGGAAGUAGACUACGAACAGCUCAAACAGUGGGUAGAGAGCAUCGACGAGUAG